ACCGAAAGCCCAAAUCGACAAUCCCAUCCCCUCCUCCCCACUCCACUCCACCCCACCCCAAUGGAGUCGCCGGCGCCGCCCUUCCCAGAUGCCCCUCCGACGCCAGCCUUCCCCGAUGCCCCGGCGGCGCCGCCCUGCAGCCCCGACUCCCCGCCGACAGUGGAGACGCAGGCAACCCUCCCGGACCACCUGGCGGAGGAGAUCCUCCUCCGCGUCCCCACGGCCGCCGACCUCGCCCGCGCUUCCAUGGCCGGCCCCUCCCUCCGCCGCCUCAUCGCCGACCAUGCCUUCCUCCGUCGCUUCCGCACCCUCCACCCGCCGCCUCUCCUGGGUAUACUCUUGAACCCCUUCCUCCCAGCCCAGCCGCCCCACCCCUCCGCCGCCGCCGCCCAAACACUCGCCGGCACAGACUUCUCCUGCUCCUUCCUCCCGUCCCGCGAGCAGCCCUGGACUCUUCGCGAUUUCCGUGACGGCCGCGCCCUCCUCUGCGCCGCCCCCGACGACUGCACCCUGGCGAGGGACGUGGCCGUGUGCGACCCGCUGCACCGGCGCUACCUGCUGCUACCUCCCGUACCCCAGGACCUGUCCGAUCUGGUCUACCACUGCCAGCUCUUUCUUGCUCCUGCCGCCACAGACGACGGUGCUGACACUGCUGCAGACGCGUCCAUGAGUUUCAGAGUCAUAUGCUUGGCCAAAUACCAGGCCCAGCUGGUCCUCUUCGUCUUCUCCUCAUCAGGCCCUCUUGCCCAACAAUGGCACACCACCGUAUUUGACGGUUGGAGCGCUCUGAUUGCGGAAACUAGUCAAGGCGAUGAUAUGCGAUCCGCCACUGCAUUCGGAAAGCGCUACUACGUGCACGGAUGCUUCUGCUGGGCGAUACCCGGGAUCAACAAGUUGCUCAUGCUCGACAUUCGUACCAUGGAUUUCUCUUCCGUCAACCUCCCGCCUAUUCCGUGGUUUAAUUCCCAGGUGGCCUUUGUGGAGGCAACGGAAGGGAGGCUUGGGAUGCUUAUUCUCAGCGACAAUCGCUUCUUGCACACCAUUUUGGUUAGCAUUGGGGAUGACCCAAAGGAGUGGCAAAUUGGGGAUGUUGUCACAUUGCGCCAUGGUUGCUGCUAUUACUCCUUCAUUGGUGCAGCUGGGGGAUACUUACUCCUACAAGGGUUUCCAGACGACCCGUAUGAAAUGCCAGGCACGGACUGUUUUUCACUGAAUCUCCAGAUUAUGAAGCUUGAGCGGUUCUGUGGGAAGGAGUUCAUGAUGCCAUUGCAGGGUCAUCUGUAUGUGGGUUUCCCGCCAUCCUUGUCUCCACCAACUAUUUGAAGGGGGCUUAAUCCGCUGCGUAUGGACUUGUUUUGUGUCUGCCUGGCCGCUGGUUGAUCAUUGCAAGGAAGGAUGACACAUACAUCAAGUAAUUGCCUGUGUUUGGCUUGUUGACUUGAGUCUCGCAUCCGAUCCUUUUGAUGGCAUACAUGCACGCAUGUUGGUUGAUUUGGCAUGUGUGCAACUUGAGUGCUUUCAUAUUAGAUGGCCCGUCCACCAGCCCACCUGCCACAUAUAUAUUAGAUGGGGUCUGCAGACUGCAGUCUCUGGCUAGUGUUAAUUUGCAUGUUCUCUUCCAUGUAGUGGCUCUUGCUUGUUGGUGUUAUUUGGCCAUUUGUAAACCGCUAGCAGUGCCAAGUCCAGUAACUGAUGGAAUGAUGUAGUAGUAGCAGUAGUGGUAGUGGUAGUGCUGAUUAAGUUGUUGUGUUUAUUUGGUGAAUUGGAUGGAACAUGUAUGUAUGAACACCGUGUUAAUCCUUGCAUGGUGCGUACGGGUAAGUGCCCUGCCAUUA